GACUUCAUCAGUAUCCCAGAUCGAUAAGGACCGAUAAUUAACGGCAAUCUUUCAACAGCCUCUCGUUAUGGCGGAUAUAGAUAGACCUGGAGAAGCCGUCGCUCAAGCAGCCGCUGAGGAGAUUGAUCAUGCCAGGGUCCUUUCUGAACACCUCGUACCUGGUUACACAGCUGAUUUCGACCCGGCACCCCUUGACUCUUCGAAUAAUAUGGAAUCUCCCAAUGCGGGUGAAGGCUCCAAUACAGAAUCCUCGCUCCGACUUCAAGGCGGUGAUAUUCACCGGGACCUCUAUAGAAUUGAACAACGAUCGAAACUUGGCAGGCUCCACCAGCGCGCCGCCACCUUCUCCCAUCUGCCAGAGUUCACCUCGGAGCCGGACCAUGAAGAGUUACCUGUAUCCGCACAACUACUCCCCGGUGGUUUCAGAAGGCAGUUCUUUCAAAGGCAAAGAGGGCGGCUGAGUCGCUUUGCCUCUCCCGUCGCGGACAACUUCAUAUCGUUCCUAGCGCUGUACGGCAACUUUGCUGGAGAAGAUUUGGAGGAAUCUGAAGAAGAUGAGGAAGAAGGAGCAGUAGAGGCAGGAGAAGCCGCGGAACGCCGACCCCUUCUUGGAGCUCGCAGGAGUACCAGACGGCUGAGGGAGAGAACGAAGGGCGAUGCUGGGAAUGUGAAAUCGUUCUUCACACUCAUGAAAGCAUUCAUCGGCACGGGUAUCAUGUUCCUCCCUAAAGCGUUCAAGAACGGCGGCAUCCUCUUUUCUUCCAUUACCCUGCUUACCGUCUCUAUCGUAACCUCGCUAUGUUUCCAUCUUCUCCUCGAGUGUAGAAAGCGAUAUGGCGGUGGAUAUGGCGAGCUAGGUGCCGCCAUUGGCGGUAAGAGGCUGCGGUCCAUGAUCUUGGGGUCCGUCGUCAUCUCUCAGAUCGGAUUUGUCUGCGCGGGUCUCAUCUUCAGUGCGGACAACCUCCACUCAUUCUUCAAGGCGGUUACGAAAGGCUCGACCACGCCAAUGUCUGUCAACCUACUCAUCACUAUCCAACUGCUCGCUUUAACUCCACUUUCCUUCAUCCGAAAUAUGUCUAAGCUGGGUCCUGUCGCACUUCUUGCCGACGUCUUCAUUCUCAUCGGCCUGACCUACAUUUACUCCUACGACAUUUCCAAGAUUGCUGAAAUGGGUGGUUUCCACCCAUCUAUCAGACUAUUCAAUCCCAGAGACUGGACUCUUACCAUUGGCUCAGCCAUCUUCACGUUCGAAGGCAUCGGCCUGAUCCUACCUAUUCAAUCCAGCAUGAAGGAGCCGGAGCGGUUUAACAAGCUCCUCUACACCGUCAUGGCCCUUGUCACGGUGAUCUUCGGAUCCGUUGGUGUUCUCUGCUAUGGCACAUUCGGAGACCGCGUCAGUGUCGAGAUCAUCAACAACUUCCCCCAGUCCAGCAAACUAGUCAACGCAGUACAGUUCCUCUACGCAGUUGCAGUCAUGGUGGGCAUGCCUGUUCAGCUCUUCCCCGCUAUCAGAAUCAUUGAAGGAAAAAUCUUCGGCCAUCGCUCGGGAAAACGCGAUCCCACUACAAAAUGGACGAAGAAUAUAUUCCGGAUUUCUAUCGUCCUGCUUUGCGGUAUCAUUUCAGCGGUUGGCGCAACCAAUCUUGACAAAUUUGUCGCACUCAUCGGCAGUUUUGCCUGCGUGCCGCUCGUCUACAUCUACCCCGCCUACCUGCACUAUAAGGGCGUGGCAGACAGGCCGUAUCAGAAGGCGCUCGAUAUCUCCAUGAUCGUGGUCGGGAUCAUCGCAAUGGUUUAUACCACAGCCAUAACAAUUGUGCGGUGGGCGGAGACGUGAAUCGGAGGUGCACUUCCUGAACAGCAGAGCCGGGUCGGUGAGAACUUUUCAAUACAAAAUGGAUUGUAAAUGUAUAAUCUAUGUUUAUUGCUACGCUUGUAGCACGGCCCUUUUCUGCACACUCCAUCGCUCUACUUUUGCUCUUGCUCAGCCACCCUAAGUGGUCUACUAAACCUACAUUCCACGGGCAUGUAAAGUCGCCGCUGUGAUUCCAAUCUACACACCGGUCAAAUGCCACCGAGACAUUGCGUGCCAUCGGUAAGAUUUUCGGUGGGCUCUUCGCUAGUCACAUCAACAAGGUGGACAUUAUUUUAACAGGAAAUGAAAUAUCACUUGUGAAGAGAGAAGAUGGGCCAGAACAACGGCUUAUAUCUAUUUUCUCGC